GAAAUUCUAGGGAAAAAAAAAUAAGAAGAUAGUCAUCAACAAUCGACGACGCUAACUACAGCCUCCUGAGCUUUCUCCCUCCCCCAUUCUCUCUCUCUCCGUCUUCUCUCUUCGUUGCGUUGCUGUGCGAUGAGCUUCUGAUGAUAAACCUCGCAAUGAAGAGGCGAAUUUGGAGUUGCAGAGCUCGCUUCUCCUACGCCCUAAACCCUGCCGUUCAAGGGCCCACUCUUUCAGCGCCCUUCAGCUCACAUGCAAAUCUCGCGACCUUCCCUGAACCGGACGGAUGGGAAUCUCAAAAUUUGGUUCCUUCCGGCGUGGUAGAGGACAAGGACCUCCUCAGGAAAGGCGGCCCCAAUUCCAAAACUGGGCUCUACGUUCUCGACCUGAUCGACCGCUCCUCUUUGGGACCUGACCCGGUCCUGUACAUCGACCUGAUCAAGAAAUGCACCAACUUGAAUAAGCUCAAAGAGGGAAGGCUCGUCCAUGCCCACCUGAUGGCUUCCUGUUUCAGGGAUGACCUCGUUAUGCACAAUCAUAUGCUCAACAUGUAUGCUAAAUGUGGGAGCUUGCAGGAAGCCCGGAAGGUGUUCGACGAAAUGCCCGUUAGAGAUGUGUUUACUUGGACUGCUUUGAUCACCGGGUAUUCCCAGAGCGACCUGUCUGAGGAUGCGGUGGCUCUAUUCCCCCAGAUGCUUCGCGCGGAUUUAAAGCCGAACGAGUUCACGUUGUCCAGCUUGUUGAAGGCCUCUGGAGUUCGGGUUAGUGAUGGGUUCGGUAGGCAGCUCCAUGGCUACUGUUUGAAGUGUGGGUACAUCUCGAAUGUUUAUGUGGGCAGUGCCCUUGUGGAUAUGUAUUCAAGGUGGGAGAAAAUCGAUGAGGCCAGGUCGAUAUUCGAUGGGCUGGACAGAAAAAAUGAGGUCUCGUGGAAUGCUUUGAUUGCUGGGCACGCAAGGAUGGGCGAAGCAGAACUGGCUCUUAGCCUGUUUUCUGAGAUGCUGAGGGCAGAUUUUAAGCCCAGUCCUUUCACUUAUUCGAGCAUGUUUGGUGCCUUAUCCAGCAUGGGGUUCUUGGAGCAGGGUAAAUGGGUCCACGCCCAUAUGAUCAAAUCAGAUCCCCAGCUCAGUACGUAUGUUGGAAAUACUCUCCUUGAUAUGUACGCGAAAUCAGGCAGUAUAGACGAUGCUGAGAAGGUUUUCAAUAGGCUGUUGAGGCGGGAUCUGAUCUCAUGGAACUCACUCCUCAAGGGAUACGCUCAGCACGGGCGUGGGAGGAAAACUCUUGAACAAUUUGAAGAAAUGCUGAGUAUUGGAGUCAAACCGAGUGAUGUAACCUUCCUUUCUGUAUUGACUGCUUGUAGUCACGUGGGUCUUGUUAAAGAGGGAGAACACUACUUUCAACUAAUGAGGAGGUAUGGCGUGGAACCGCAGGUCUCACAUCACGCAACUAUGGUCGACCUUUAUGGUCGAGCUGGUUUAUUGGACCAAGCCAAAAGAUUCAUACAGAACAUGCCCAUGGAGCCUAAUGCGGCGGUUUGGGGAGCCUUGCUCGGUGCUUGUAGGAUGCAUAAGAACAUGGAAUUGGGUGCAUAUGCCGCUGAGCGCAUGUUCGAGCUUGAUCCCGACAAUCCUGGGCCGCUCAUGUUGCUCUCCAACAUCUAUGCAUCGGCAGGUAGGUGGAGCGAAGUGGCAAUGGUGAGGUCCAUGAUGAAAGUGAACCAAGCGAAGAAGGAACCAGCCAUUAGUUGGGUUGAUAUUGAGAACUCGGUUCACACUUUUGUUGCUAACGAUGACACACACCCACAGAGGGAGGAAAUCCGAAAGAUGUGGGAGAAGGUAAAUACAAAGAUAAAGGAGUUUGGGUAUGUUCCAGACACUAGUCACGUCCUUUUCUAUGCGGAUCAGCAGGAGAAGGAGGAGAGGUUACAGGUUCACAGUGAGAAGCUUGCCUUUGCUUUUGCUCUUCUGAACACACCUCCUGGAUCCACCAUUCGGAUCAAGAAGAAUAUCAGAGUUUGUGGGGACUGCCACUCCGCGUUCAAGUUUGCUUCGAAAGCUGUGGAGAGAGAGAUCAUUCUGAGAGAUACUAAUCGGUUCCAUCAUUUUCGGGAUGGUUCUUGCUCAUGCAGGGACUAUUGGUAGCCCACGAUUACCACUCAUGUGUCUGAAGUAGAUUUCAUUUAGGACUAUUGUUAGCCCACGAUUAGAGAAAAGGAUUGCUCUGGUGGGUUCUUGUGCAACUUGUCUGUAUUGUAGUCUGCACCUGCCGACAAACAUUUGUCCGCUGCUUAACAGCUGUAUGACUCUAAGCACUCUCCCUUGGCGUGGACUUGAGGGUAUGCAUCUCAUCUCGCCUUGAGGGAUGCAAUCAACUCAGCUUCAUCGAUAGUUCAAAGGUUUAGUGGAGAAUUAGCUGAAGCGCAGCGUAAGUUUAUGGCAAUAUUGGCUGCAAGUGCAGGCUCCAGUAUGGCGAAUCCACUGGUAUCUCAGUUCAGUGAUGGCCCAUUUGCUGGUUUUCAUGAAAUGGUACUUCUCUUAGUUCCCCCUCACAUGAUAGUUUCGCAUGCUGUUCACGUCCAUUCCGUGAUGAUUUUUUAUUAAUCCCUGAUGCUGAUUUGAUCGAACUAAGGAGAUGUCGAGAUUGGAUUCAGAGCAUUAAUUACGAGAAAGCAUUUGCUGCUGCCCUUCAUAAAAGCGAUGUUGCUAUAGUAGCCUGGCUCUGUUUUUCAGGUGACCCUUUGCUUCCCUCAUGUGUAUACAUGCGUGGUCAUUGAUCAAGAAUCAGCAGCUGGUGCUGGAUGAUGCGUUUCCAAGAAUUUCUCUAAUCAUUCUGAUUUGCCGAGUCUUCUUGCAUGAAUGUGUAGUCUCUUUUAUUAAAUUGUGCAUGUUCUAUUGAUGUCCUACUUUGGUUUCUCUAUCAUCUUCAGGUCGAUUUACAGGGUGUGCCAUUGUUGAUCCCCAUGCCUCUGAGCCAGGGUGUGCUCCUGACCCUCCUCUGGCAACUUGGAUGGGAUAUCAGCAAUGAUGCAUCAAAGAACCUCGCUUCGAUGACAGAUGACAACCACGUUAGACUCAUCUCUGAUCAGGUUUACAGGUACUAGGUCCACGUGAGACCCAUCUUUAAAAGAAAUACAUUUCUGGUGGUCGACUUGUAGUUUGAUAAAAUUAUAUCUAGGAUUUUUGGACACAAAGUAUUGCUUAGAUCUGGAGUUCGGACUAUCCUUCUCUAUAAGUAGGUAGUACUUUUGAACCUUUGUUGCAGUGUACCACAAUUUUAAGUACACUUGGAAUAUCAUCUUGUGUACUGUCCA